UAUUUUGUAUUUCUGAUACUAAUUACCCACAUGAGUUACAAGAUCAAGACUAUCUAUGGAGAAGAUUUUGCCUAAUCAAGCGAAUGAAUUUCAUUUGCAUCUCCUCUCCUCUCACAAUCUCGACACGAGACCAGCGUUCGUAGUGUUAGGUGGCCUUUGAUCUUCUCCCCAAGAGCGACGAUCGCGUAAAUAUCAAAAGGGCUUUCUCUGUUUGAUUGUCUCUCCUUCUUCCACGUUCAAGAAGGCGAAAUUUCUGGAAUUUUCUCCGACAAGAAAAAAAACUGCCUUUGUCGGAAUCUCAGGGACCAGACCCAGUUUCGAUGGCUCUCUCUCUCUCUUCCUCUCUCUUCCCCAAACCCUUCAUCUUCUUCCGCACCAUCCAAAGGUCGAAUCUUCGUUCCAAAACCUAUGCCUUGAGGCUGUUGUGCUGUUCAGGGUCGUCCCAAAAUCGUCAGUUUUCUUCGGAUUCCGAGAAGAAAUCUUUCGCUGUGGCCACGGGCGAGCUUUUCCUGGGAAUCGCCUCGAAGCUUAUAAGAACAGCCGAGAAGCCAUCUCCUGCGCCGCCGAUUGACGAGACGAAUGGCAAUGGCGAGAGAAUUGCGACCGUCAUAGAGGAUGAGAUCGAACCCGAGGUGAUAUGGGAGCAAAGGGUUAAGGAUGUAGAGGCUGAGAAGGAGAGGAAGAUCAUUACCAGCCCCGGAUUUAGCUUCUCUGCUGCAGGACUUUUGUUCCCUUAUCAUCUUGGUGUUGCCCAGUUUCUCGUCGAAAGGGGUUACAUCAAGGAGACGACUCCAUUGGCGGGUUCCUCAGCUGGUUCCAUAAUCUGUGCGGUGAUAGCCUGUGGAUUAAGUAUGCAAAAGGCAUUAGAAGCCACUAAGACCCUUGCUGAUGAUUGUCGCCGAAAGGGUACUGCAUUUCGUCUUGGGGCCCUUCUCAGAGAUAGUCUUGAAGAGUUACUGCCUGAUGAUGCUCAUACUAGUUGCAAUGGGAGAAUUCGUGUUGCCAUCACCCUGAUUUCGUGGAGACCAAGAGGUCUACUGGUGGAUCAAUUUGACUCCAAGAGAGACUUGAUAAAUGCAAUUGUUACAUCUUCCUUUAUACCAGGCUAUCUUUCACCGAGGCCUGCAACUGUGUUUCGUAAUCGGCUUUGUAUAGAUGGAGGAUUGACAUUUUUUAUGCCUCCAACAUCUGCUUCCAAAACGGUACGAGUUUGUGCAUUCCCCACAAGUACUUUUGGAGUGAGAGGAAUUGGGAUAAGUCCGGACUGCAACCCUGAAAACAGGGCAACCCCUAGACAACUUUUCAACUGGGCACUCGAGCCAGCAGAAGAUGAGGUGUUGGAUAGGCUGUUUGAGCUCGGAUAUGCGGACGCAGCUACGUGGGCAGAACAGAAUCCAGCCGGUGAAAUGGUUCACGACGACAAUUCUUCGCCCGAAAACGUUUCUGCUAAUCUGGAAACAAGAACUUGACACUUCUUUAACCAAAGUAAUUUGUUCCCCAAGGUAUGAUCAUAGAAUCACUCUAGAGCUUAUACUGUACAUUGUAGAAUCCUACAGUUAUACAGAACUCGGAUUUCAUUUCAGAAACUUUUCUCGUUUUACAAUCUGUAAACAAGCUCUGAUAGUUAAAAGUUUCUGGCUUUUUGGAUU